AUCACAAAGGUAAUGUCCAUUGAGAAAGGAGUUGUUGUGGACGAAGAUAGAGGAGUUACUGUAGCUGCCGCGUACAUGUAUACUGCGCAAGUGCGGGGUAUUCCGCGUGCAGGAAUUAUGAGAAAAGAAUCUGUAACUUCUUUGAGAGCUGAUUACUAUAUGGGGCGCAAAAGUGGAAGAGAAUGGUGUCUCCCCCGAAUCGCACGAAAUCCGUGUGGAAAGUCCUUUGUUUUCAUGACACUGAGCUGUUGUAGUCAGAAUGUGCAUGAUUACGGACGUGGUGGUCAUCUCUUCACUGUUAAUUGGGGAACAUCUCUUCGAGCGGGCUUCCAUCGAUAG